UGGCUUUUGCCAUCUUGUCUGGUGGACGAGAGGCAGGCAGCAGCUAGCAGCAGCAAGCAGCAAGCAGCAAGCAGCAAGCAGCAAGCAGCAAGUAGCAAGUAGCAAGUAGCAAGUAGCCGAAAGCUUCCAGUGGCUAUCUGUCAGCUAACAGCCACAAGUCACUUACGACACUAAGAGGCCAGACUUCAACGACUUUGACGUAUUUUUUUUUCUCUCCGCCGCUGGAUUAUACUUUCUUAUUCGAAGGACCCGAGAGGAAUGUUUACAUUAUGAUUCCACACCUGUUGGUAUUGGGGCAGGCGAAACUAGCUCACUUGAGCUAACUCGGCAUAUCGAGAAAGAGGGAGAGGUGGCCUCACAAACCCGGGCCUGCCUCCGAUUGAAGUCCCGGGGACAGCUGCUGAAUAAGUGCGACAAGGGGCUGCUUGUUGUGGACUCCGUAGGACGCAAGGGCGGCUGACCGGGUGUCAGAGAGAGGCCGGGGAGGAGUGCAGUGACUGGACACUGCACAACGUCUCAGGAGUUUGGGAGAAUCUUGGACUGUGCUUGUGACUUCUCAACGGGUGGACUUGGCGAGAGAUAAACGAUAUGGAAAAGUACUGUGUUGGUACGUCUCCGUUUCUCAUCCUCAACCAGUGAACUGACCAGUAAGAACCGACGUGCGGCGCUUCGUUUCAUGUGGGAAUACACUGAAUCGACAGAGCUAGCCAACAUGUCGAAAAUGCCAGCGAAAAAAAAGAGUUGUUUCCAGAUCACGAGUGUUACGCAGGCUCAGGUGGCGGCCAGCAACACUGCAGACGACACCGAGAGUCUGGACGACCCAGACGAGUCCCGAACAGAGGAUGUGUCGUCGGAAAUAUUCGAUGUUUCACGAGUCGACCUCGCUGUGUGUGAUAGGAACUCAUCCGAGGAAACAUUAAAUAACGUGGGAGACACGCAAGAGGGUCAGGCCGCUUUGACAGCUUCUGUCAAUGAGGGUCUCCCCAAUAAUAAAAGUGCAGUCGGCGGUGUUUUGGCCCCGCAUCAUUCAGCAACAAAUGUGUCUGCAGCAGCAGCAACAGCUCAGCCAAUUGCUGCUCCUGCUGCCACUGUCCCUAGUACCACUGUUGCUCCUGUGAAUACCUGCAGCUCUCGCUUCAGGGUCAUUAAAUUAGACCACGGUACCGGAGAGCCCUUUAGAAGAGGGAGAUGGACUUGCACUGAGUUCCAUGACAAAGACUCAGAUUCAAAUGGCAAUCGGACUGUGGAUAGCAUCAAACCAACUGUAACUCUUGAUCACAGUGUAGAACGGGACAGUGGAAUAGGGACCACCAGUAACAUCGCUCUCUCAAGCAGUGCUUCCUCCUCCCAGGCUUUGGAGAAUGCUGUGGACAGCGGCCACACGGCUACAAAUCCCACUCAUUCUUCUGAGACUGUGCAGCAAGGCUUUGGCUUGGUCCCCCAGAUUGGGAGUGGGGCAAGUGCCUUCCAGCCCACAGGUUACUCAACAAUAUCAUCAAAGCAAACGCAACACGCGCUGGUCAGUAUGCAACCUGCUGCCCCCCAAACUUUCCUCUCAAAUAACCUCAAGGGUGUGCACCAGGGUUCCCUACAGCAGAAGUCUCCCAUCCCGCCUCCUGCCACACAAGUCCAGCACUUUCCAUAUUCUAACCAUCCCGUGGGCCAGCCAGAUUACCGUCAACAGCAGUUUGGUUCAAACCCUCUUCCAAUAACUCCUCAUUCUGUGGGCCCCUCAUCUCUUAUCUUGCCAGCUGGCUCCUUAGCCCAGGGACUAGGGGUCGAGGCACCCUCUGCCCAGGGCCUCCUGCUGCACAUGGCACCACGCGGUGGUCAGCAGCAGCUGGUCAACCAUACACAGCCCUCAGGAGGGUUAGGCCUUGCUCCCAAAUCCUCUGCCACCAGCGGUGUCCUGAAUGUGCCUGUCACAUUGCCCACUACCACCAGUACCCCUACAGGUGGGGCGAGUCAGGCGCCUUUCAUCAUUAUUCAGCCCCAAGGGGCCCAUGGAGGUGCCACCACAGGCCUUCUCACUGGAUUCAGUAACCAGGCAGAAAAUGGUCAGCCCAAAUCUGAAGUCCUACCUCAGCCCAGUGGCAGUGUGUUGCCAGGGAAAGACAAUAUGAAGCCUUUCAUCACGGAGGGUCUCGGCCUUCCCAGUCCUGCUGUCAACAGCCUGUUUGGCAUCCAUAUAACCAUGGAUGGCGAUGAGGACAGAAACCCAUCUACGGUUUUCUACCAGGCUUUUCAGCCUAGCAGACUGCGAGAUUCAAAGCCUGUCAACGAUAGUGCAUCCGGUGCCAGCGUAGUCGCCAUAGACAACAAGAUCGAGCAGGCCAUGGAUUUGGUGAAAAGUCACCUGAUGUAUGCCGUCCGCGAGGAGGUAGAAGUGCUGAAGGAGCAGAUCAAGGAGCUGUACGAGCGGAACUCGAUGCUAGAGCGGGAGAAUGCCGUGCUCAAGUCAUUGGCCAACUCGGAUCAGCUCAACCACCUUUCCAACCAUGGCAGCACAUCUCCUCCUCCGCAGCAGCAACAACACUCAGCCAUUACAAACAACAGCGCCCCCUUGACCCACCACGAGGGAAGUCAGAGCGUCCCCCACCAGCCCAACAUCACCUCGGCGUGACCCACCCCCACGCACCCUAGCGCAUCCACUGAUCCACAUGCUCAAUUCCACACCUCUCUUGAGCAGAGACAAACGUAUACCGUCCCUACAGCGCUGCGUUACACAUGCUCCAUUUAAGGAAAAUAAGGACAUAAUCUUAAAAGAGAGCCGUCAUCACCCCUUAAAAAGUCUUAUUGUGCCUACUGGCUGAAGUAGAUGGCAGGACAAGGCAGAAGGAGCAUGCCAUAACACUGCAGGGGGGGCAACAAGUGGUUCAAAAGGACAGGGCAUCACAUGCGGGAAAUCCCCAGUGGGAAAUCGAGCUCCCGCAAUGUCCAGCAUGGCCUCUAGGCUUCCACAUGCCACAUCGCUCAUGAGGGCCGGAAGUGACCAAGGGAUGAGUCAUCAGCGGAGGCGUCCGGCGGAGCAAGUCGAGUGCCUCGUUCAUGAUAUGCUGCAACAAAAAGCUUAUGUUAGUUUUUGUUGUUGUUUCCUCAGAGCCACCAUCCUGUGACAUGUACCAUUUUCAUCAUUAAUUCACUUUUAGUAUUUGGAUUUAUUUAUUACAGGGCUGCUAUUUUCAUAAUGUCACAAACAAUGUCACAAAAGACAAAAAAUCUAUAGUCUUUUUAGAAUCGGUCAGGUUUUUUCGGUAUUCUCUCACAAACAAGUCAGUAAAUAGAGCAGACAGUUGGAAGAAAACACUAAAGCAGAAUUUACAUGAGUUGUGAAAUCCAGGUUGAAUGUAUAUUUUGUAAAGUAUUAAGAGUGAACAAGGUAUGUACAGUACAGGGGAGAACCUGAUAAGAUAUGGAAUAUGUGCUGGGAGGUUUUGAUAAAGCAAACUUAAUUCUCUAGAUGGUCUUUGUCUAAAUGGGUAAAAAAACAAACAAACACAAAAAAAAAGGUUAGGGGCUUGGUUGGGGGAUGAAAAGCUGUGAAUUUGUUGGACCUACUUUAUAACCAAAGACGCAAAGCUGUGUAAGUCUUUUUUUCUGUUUUCACCCCUUUAUUAUUAUUUUUCAACGCACACUUUCUCCCUUUAUUUUUUGACUCUUUUGCAUGACCUGCAUGCCCUAUAAUCAAACCACUUUCUUCAAGUCCUGUUUUUAAUCCAGCACUCAGUUUUCUCUGUCAAUGUGUUUGUCUGUGGCUAUAGUUGUGAUGAACGUGAAAGGGAACAAGUUCAGCAGGGGUCAAGGAGAAGUUGAGAAAAGGAGCCAUUUUUGUUACCCAACAGAUUUUAAUGUAUUUAGCAAAUUCAGCAUUCAGAUUUUGAUUGUAGCGUUCCAACACACCCUUAAAAAACACACGUACCAAUUUCCAAAAUCCAAACCACAAGGAACUAUUAAACAUUUCUCAACCUGAAGCUGGAACUCAGUCAGUCUUGAGAGAGAAUCUAUGAAUUGGGAUGUUCGUGUUCUGUCUUGUCUGUUGUGCCUCCUGUCGUCAGGUGAUUCUGAUGCGGUCUGUGUGGCUUAGAACCAAACCAAAAUACUUGGUGAUUGUACAAUGAGUUAUCUUGCUAGAGAAUGGACAAUUGCUUUUUUUCGGUGACAAAUUCAAUUAUUGGUUUAUGUUUUCUUUUUUGUUUAAUUUGAAGGAGAUGCUGUGUACAUACCAAGUGUACUGUAUGGAAGUGAUCACUGAGCCUUGGAGAAAAAUCUUAACGAUGCCCUUGUAAUGUGCUGUUCAGACAGUUUGUUUUCAGACAACAAUAAAUUUCUGUUUUAUUAAGAACA